CCACCCCGGGUGCUGGGGGUGGGGGCCUGGCAUAGCCUCUCUGGCCCCACAUGGCUGCAUCGGGGCACGUGGGGUCCAGCACACUCCCCACGCCUGCCAGCAGACACCCUGAGCUGGAGACAUUGGGCCGCAGGCUGGCCCGCUAGCACCCCACAGUCAUGGCAGAGGCCCACCAGGCCGUGGCAUUCCAGUUCACGGUCUCCCCAGAGGGCAUCAAUGUACACCUGAGCCAUGUGGCUCUGAAGCAGGUCUACCUCUCGGGGCUGCACUCCUGGAAGAAGAGACUCGGCCGCCUGCGGAAUAGCUUUGUGACAGGUGUGUACCCCGCCAGCCCAGCCAGCUGGGUCUUUGUGGCUGGCACUAUCCUACUCGCCCAGUUCUGGCGCCUUGAUCCCUCCAUGGGCCUGAUCGGGAAGAUCCAGGAGCACCUGCCUGGCCGCGGGUACCUUUCAGAGCCGACACAAGCUGCGCUGUGUGCGCUGGCCUUUGCCACAGUGCUGUGGCUGGCUCUCAUCCUCACCAUGCGCUCCAUCCUGAAGCUGCUGCUCUCCUACCAUGGUUGGAUGUACGAGGCCCAUGGCAAGAUGUCCCACACCACCAAGGUCUGGCUGGCACUGGUGAAGAUCUUUGCUGGCCGCAAACCCAUGCUGUACAGCUACCAGGCCUGUCUGCCACGCCUGCCCGUGCCCACCAUCCAUGACACCAUGCAGCGGUACCUGGAGUCCGUGCGGCCCCUGCUGUCAGACCUACAAUUCCAGCGCAUGGCAGCACUGGCCCGGGACUUUGAGCACUCGCUGGGGCCACGGCUGCAGUGGUACCUGAAGCUGAAAUCCUGGUGGGCCUCCAACUAUGUGAGUGACUGGUGGGAGGAGUAUGUCUACCUGCGGGGCCGGGGUCCUAUCAUGGUCAACAGCAACUACUAUGCCAUGGACUUCCUGUAUGUCACCCCAACCCCCAUCCCGGCAGCCCGUGCCGGCAAUGCUGUCUACGCCAUCCUGCUGUACCGGCGCCUUCUCAGCCAGGAGCAGAUCAAGCCGCUCAUGGUGCCUGGCACUUUGAUCCCUCUCUGCACUGCCCAGUGGGAUCGGGUCUUUAACACCACGCGACUGCCAGGGGAGGGGCAGGACUGCAUCCAGCAUGUGAGCGACAGCAAGCACAUCGCAGUGCUCCACGCCGGCCGUUUCUACCGGCUUAGGUUGUACCAUAGCGGGCGGCUCCUCAGGCCCCGCGAGCUCCAGGCCCAGUUCCAGCACAUCUUGGAUGACCCCACGCCCCCUGUGCCUGGAGAGGAACACCUGGCUGCCCUGACCGCUGGGGACAGGGAGCCCUGGGCUCGGGCCCGCCGGACCUAUUUUGGGUCAGGGAAGAACCAGCAGUCACUGGAGGCUGUGGAACGAGCUGCUUUCUUUGUCACCCUGGACACAACCGAGCAGGGGCUGACGGGGCCUGACCCGGGCCGAGCGCUGGACCGCUACGCCAAGGCUCUUCUUCAUGGGCAGUGCCACGACAGGUGGUUUGAUAAAUCCUUCACUUUGAUCAUCUUCCAGAACGGGAAACUCGGGGUUAAUGCUGAGCAUUCCUGGGCUGAUGCCCCCAUCGUGGGCCACCUCUUUGAGUAUAUGCUGGCCACAGAUGCCUUCCAGCUGGGCUAUGACGUGAAUGGUCACUGCAAGGGGGAGAUGGACCCUGACAUCCCCCCCCCUCAGAAACUGCAGUGGGAGAUCCCUGAGGAGUGCCAGCAGGUGAUCCAGGGAUCCCUGAGGGUGGCCCAGGCCCUGGCAGACGACAUUGACUUCCACACCUUCCCCUUCAAGCAGUUCGGGAAGGGGCUCAUCAAGAAGUGCCAUACCAGCCCCGAUGCCUUCAUCCAGAUCGCCAUCCAGCUGGCACACUACCGGGACAAGGGGAAGUUCUGCCUGACCUACGAGGCCUCCAUGACCAGGCUGUUCCGUGAGGGCCGCACUGAGACUGUCCGCUCCUGCUCCAUCGAGUCCUGCAACUUCGUCAGGGCCAUGAUGGACCCAGCACAAAACCCCCAGCAACGCCUGGCUCUGUUCCGGGUAGCAACCGAGAAGCACCAGGCCUUGUACCGCCGGGCCAUGACGGGUGCCGGCAUUGACCGACACCUCUUCUGCCUCUACGUGGUCUCCAAGUACUUGGGGGUGGACUCUCCCUUCCUCAAGGAGGUCCUGGCAGAGCCCUGGGGACUCUCCACCAGCCAGACCCCUGUCCAGCAGAUUGAGCUCUUCGACCUCAAGAACCACCCGGACUACAUUUCCUGUGGGGGUGGAUUCGGGCCGGUGGAUGACAAUGGCUAUGGCGUUUCCUACAUCAUCAUUGGCGAGGACCUGCUCACCUUCCACGUGUCCUGCAAGAUCUCCAGCCCCCAGACGGAUGCUCACCGCUUUGGGGCACACAUCCGCUCCGCCCUGCUGGACCUUCUGGCACUGUUCAGUCUAGGCCCAAAGUAGCUGCAGAACCUGUCCCCCUCCCCCUGCAACUCCCAGCACUCCAAUAAACCCAUGGGAGGCACAGACUUCUGUGUCAUAUCCUGUAGGGUGAUGGGGGAACAGGGCCCUGCCCUGGGGAUCUCUAGGGUGACUGCUCAGGGGAUGACUGCACUGGCCACAAAUGGGGCCCCCCACGGGAGGACUAAAUGCCUUGGCUGUGGGGGUCAGAUCCUUGCAAUCAGGGACUGCUGAUUGACCUUUCUGUGCCCCCCCCCAAAAAAAAAAAAAAAAGGAGAUUCCAGUCAUUUUAGCCUUGGGGAGCCUACUGUGGGGAGCAGGACCCCAUUCCCCUUGCUGUGGGGUGAGAAGAUGGGGGAGGGGGGGGAUGAUCAGGGUUAGCCUGAUCCCCAGAUACCCUCCCAGGUCUGGGAUAGAACCGAGGCGUCCUAGCUUCAAACCCCACCAGGGGGGCGCUGUGGUAGAGGGAGUAGCCCAAGUCCCGUCGCGCGCGCCCCCCCCCAUGUUGCUGUCGUUUGCUUGUGUCUGUUUUGGGGACGGGAUAGUUUAGGGGUGAUGUGUGGAGGAGGGAGCAGUCGUGUGUGUGUCGUCGUGUGUGUUUGUCCCUGUCUCUCCCCCCCACCCUGCACAGGGGAAGGGGACCAGCCCCACCCACCAUGGCAGGGUGGGACAGAGAACAGAGGGGUUUGUUGCCAAUGCUGACAAACAAACAAUAAAGUGUCCCAAUUGCACCAGGCGGGUGGUUUCUCUUGGAGGGGGAGAUGGGGUGAUGUCUGAGGAAACUUUUCCCAGUGCUGUGAGU